CAGAAUUUCCGACAGCGCCCGUAAGUGCGCAUGUGUGGUGCGUUCUGCCCGGGCGUCUAAAGAAAGUGGAGCGGGUAAACUGAUCUUCAGAACUUACAGGAAUUUCGAGCUGUGAAGUCCUUGCAGGAGCAAUGAAGACUCUAAACAAGGAACAGAUGAAAAUAGCAGAGGAGACUCUUAAGCAGUUCCUUAUUAAAUCUCAACAGGCAUAUGGAUGUCUUUUCCUGAUAAAUCGAGGACAAGCUGACUGUAUGGAGGUGAUAGUUGACCAAUGGCCAGACUUCAAUGUGCUGUUCAUCAGAUCGAAAUGUCAGGAGCAAGGGGACCUUUUCAGAGAUGUGUCAGUUUUUACCAAAGACGAAGCUUCUCUCAGGAACAUACUGGAAAAUACAGGCUUUUUUGACUGGAAGAAUUACUUUUGUCUAAGUGUUAACACAUGCCAUGAGGAGAUGCUAAAAGCUGUAGCAGCAGCCAAAGGUGUGCCUGAGAACAAACUCACUGUCUGCCACAUGAUGACAUUGCCUGAUCCCUCUAACCUUACAAAUAACAGGGUAUCGGUGCAGUUGUCAUCUCUCAAAGAGUCUCACAUAGAUGUGGUUAAUAGUACCUGGAAGUUUGCUGCUGAAUUCAGCAAACAAAUGAUUAGGAAUAUGAUCAUGAAUUUCCCUUCUUCUUGUGUGCUGGACCCGGACGGUCAUCCAGUUGCAUGGGUACUUACCUACACUUCCUGUGCGAUGGGAAUGUUGUACACCCAGCCUGAGCACAGACGGAAAGGCUAUGCGAAAGCCGUGGUCACCGCACUAGCAAAGAAACUCCAUUCCGAAGGCUACCCAGUGUUCUGCUUCAUCGAGGAAGAGAACCAGCUGUCCUACAGACUCUUUACAAGUCUGGGCUUCACAGAGGACCCCACUUACAGAGUUGCUUGGUAUGGCUUCAAUCAAAAGCAUCCAAUUCCACACUGACUUUGUGCAAUCAGACAUUCUCGUCAUUAUCACAUUAACGUAAAGUGAGGUAAUUGAAGUAAUUGUGAAACUCGUUUUUAUAAUAAUGGGAUGAAAAAACAUGAAUCUUAAGAGAAUAUUAACUUGUAUCAAAUGAGUGAUACAAAUCCUAUUUUAAACCUAUUGCUCCACUGAAUGAACAGAAUACAUUUAUGGCAUUUAGAAGACGCUCUUAUCCAGAGCGACUAACAAAAGUGCUUUGUCAUUUACUCAUAGA